AUGUCAGCAUCAGAGCUGGCAUUGAUCCAUGGAACGGGCUGUGUCGGUGCGGUGUUGAGCAUUGGCAUGGCAUUGGUGCCGCUCAGAGAGAUGAUCCGUGCCAGGGCAGUUGGAAGCUUGAACGGCUUUGACACAAGGCAGCUGCCAGUUCAAUUCGUGAACUUCUACAUUUGGGCGGUGUGGGCCGUGCAAGUUGGGGACAUUUGGGUCUUCCUGGCUUCGAGCCCCUCCGCGGCAGUUUGCCUUUUCAACAUCACCAGCGCCAUCGCAUUGCUCUCGCAGGAGGAGGGUGCCGUCAGCCAGUUGUGCAAACCAUUCGACGGUGCCUUCUUCCGACGCAGUCCAUCCAGGGCCUGGCACGAUGCCAGCAGAGAGCAGCGCGGCAAAACGGUGCGAAAGCUGGAGCUGCAGACUGUGGGAGGAUUCCUUGCGGUGUCUUUCAUCAGCUGCUUCUUGGGCAAGUGGGAGCUCGCGGGCCUGGAAGUCGUCAGCGAUCUCUUCCCCGUGUCGCUCAGGGAAGAGGUCUUGGGCAGCUUGGCAUCAAUGGCGGCCUUCGUCGCGUAUUGCCGGCCCAUUAUGCGCCUGUAUACCUAUUGCUGUCGACGGGAUGCCUCGCCGAUCCUCUUGCCUCUGGUCUUGAUGGUGCUACUCAGCAAUACCUUGUGGACCAUCUAUGGCGUCAGCACUCUCAACCCCUGGGUCUAUGUCCCCAAUGGUUCGGGGGCCUUGGUGUGCAUCAUGCAAGUCCUAGUGCGGCUCAUCUUCCCGGGACGCGCGGAUCGGCUUGAAGGCCUGGACAAAGCCGGCCAAGCCAAAGACCUGGAGGCGAACUCCCUGGAUGCCCAGCAUGGCGCACCUCUGCGCCUGUCUUCCCAGCAAAGUAUCCACGAAGACUACUUGCUUUGGCAGAAGGACUACUACAGAUGGCGGUCUAUGGCCAGAACCUCAAACACGCCAUCGACGACGUCAAGGGAUGAGGACGCAGUGGAAAGCGCGGAAAGUGAGGAUGGCCAGCUGCUGCCCAACCAGGCUUCAAAGCAGUGA